UGAGAACCACUUCAGUACAGAUCCUCCGAUAGACACAAAAUGAAAAGUUCUACGGGCUCUAGCACGUGUGUAUGACCCAUGUGGUUUUGUAUGCCCACUCAUGUUGUCAAUGAAGCUGAUCUUCCAGAAUAUCUGUGAAAAGAAAUGUAAGUGGGAUACAGAACUACCUACGAAGAUGACACAGUCUGUAAAGAAUGCCAUGGAAAGUCUGAAAUCCAUAGUAGACAGAGGUGCCUAGGUACAUUGGAACAGAUGCCUCAAGGAGUGAGCUUAAGUACCACUUGCACUGCUUCACAGAUGCCUCCAAAGGUGCAUAUGCUGCCGUUAUCUACCUUAAAGUGAUUGAAGACGGUCAAGGAAAAUCAGUCUCUCUUCUGAUGGCAAAAUCACACGUGUCACAGACCAAAGACAAAGAUGAAUUGAAAAUUCCCAAACUAGAAUUACUAGGAUUUCUGAUUGGAAGCAGACUACUGAAAUACGUAAGGAACCAUCUUGAUAUUGACAUAGAGAAAGAAUAUUUGUGGUCAGAUAGUUUGGAUGUACUUAGUUGGAUGAGGUCAAACAAACUGCUCCCACCCUUUGUUGCCAACAGGGUAAACGAAAUCAAGCGUGACCAUCCCAACACAAAGAUGUUCUACGUCUACACAAAGGCAAAUCCUGCUGAUAUUGCUACGCGACCAGAACUGUUUGAAGAGAAAAGGCAACUUUGGUUUAACGGACUGGAGUUUCUUGCCAACGAAGAAUCAUGCUGGCCCCAAAAUAGACUUUAUGAGGCACAUCAGAACCUUCUUUCUGUUGGGGAGGUCCUGGGUGACGACCCAGGUGAGCCGACACAGGAAGUACCCAUUGGUGAUGACGCUGACCAGAGUGAGGCCCUGGAGCAAAGAAGUCCCAGUGAUGCUGUUGAACCAAUGGACGCCCAGGACUUGAGUAUACCUACAGAGAGUGGUGAAUAUCCUACUGAUGGAAGCAUGGAACUUGACAAUCCUGACAAUCACCAUGAAGUAGGCAUCCAGCAGCAGACCAUCGUUGGCAAAAAUGUGUCCGAGAUAAAAGAUCUACAAAGCAAGCACUUCCAAGAUGAACUAGAUGGUAAAAGAACACACUUAGCACGAAACCUAGAUCUCUUUGUCGAUGUGGACGGCCUUCUUAGGUGCCGUGGGCGUAUGGCGAACACCACCUGGAGCUAUGACAUGAAGUAUCCAAUACUACUGCCAAAGAAUUCUGAGUUCACGGACAGAAUCAUAAAGGAGACCCAUGAGAGUAACUACCACGUCGGGGCUCCAUAUACUUUGAGUAUCAUCAGGGAAAGGUAUUGGAUACCCCAAGAGAAAGCCCAGGUGAUGAAGGUGUUGAAGCGAUGUACCCAGUGUGUCAAACACGGCGGCGGGCCGUAUCGUUUACCAGCCACACCGGCGCUGCCUUCAGAACGAGUCAAUUACAACAGACCCUUCACUUACACUGGCGUUGACUAUCUGGGACCGCUGUUUGUGAGUACCCAGACUGGUAAAGAGAAACGUUGGGUAGCCUUAUUCACGUGUUUGACAGUAAGAGCGAUACAUCUGGAGAUCGUGAAGGACCUUUCGGCUGAAGAAUGUCUCCUAGCCCUGCGACGGUUCAUAGCUGCUAGAAACAAGCCACAACGGAUAUACUCAGAUAAUGCGACUUGUUUUAAGUUAGUCGCUGAAAUGGUACAACAGCCAUACUGCGUUGAGAAUAACAUCCAAUGGAAAUUCAUAUGUCAACUAGCACCGUGGCAUGGAGGGUUUUACGAGCGGCUGGUGGCAUUGGUGAAGCAUUGCCUUAAAAGAACCCUAGAAAAGCACCUUCUCAAUGAUACCAGGUUACUGACGGUGAUAAAGGAAGUGGGAACAGUACUUAACUCAAGACCACUGACAAGAGUCGGUACAGAGGUGGAACAUGUUCUCUGUCCGGCAGAUUUCUUAAGCCUAGGACAAUGUUUGACUAUGAGACCAUCUGCCGCGGAUAUUCCGACUUGUAACACUGCUACAAAGAGCGACCUGUUUGAGAGCUGGAAGAGAGGAUGCAAUAUCCUAGCGGAAUUCAAGAGAAUGUUCGUCAUGCAGUAUCUUGCUAGUCUGAGAGAGAGGUACAACAACUCACCCAAGCAGCCUAGAGUUAAAUCUCAUCGAUCACCACAAGUAGGCGACCUUGUACAGGUUAAAUCGGAUCUCAAGAACAGAAACCUCUGGAAAGUGGGGAAGAUCCACGAGCUGAUCAGGGGAAGUGAUGGUGAAUGUAGAGUAGCGAGGGUCAAGGUUGACGAUUCUACUUUAACACGUUCCAUUGGCCAUCUCUACCCGCUGGAGGUAGAUGACGAGACGCCUGAGGUAGAACCUGUAGCAACAGGCUCGACUGAGAUUGAAGAGGACAGCAAGGAGUUGGAAGUUCCAAACAGCAUGCCUGUGCCCGAUGAACGAUGA